GGGGAGAGGAACUUUCCUAAGUCAGAGGCUUGAGGACGCGGGCCCCGCAACCAGAUGGUCGGGACGAGAGGCGCCAGCUCCCGCCGCAGCAGCCGGAGCGGUGCAGCCCCGCCGCGCCGCAGGGACUGAUCCGGCCCCGGCCCCGGCCCCGGCCCCGGCCCGACCCCGGCCCGGCCCCGGCCCAGCCCCAGCCCCGGCCCGGGCGGGCAGCGCAGCGCCGCGCAGCGCAGCCGGGGCCGUGCCCGGCGCCAGGGACUGAGGCAGGGUCCGCAGCCCCCGACCCCCGCGACCCUCUGCCGGGGCACCCCCCCCCUCCCCCGCCUCCUCUUCUCCUCCCCGCAUCCCCCUUUGCUUUCAUGCAACGCCUGGUGGCCUGGGACGCAGCAUGCCUCCCCCUCCAGCCGCCCGCCUUUAAAUCCAUGGAAGUGGCUAAUUUCUAUUACGAGGCGGACUGUCUGGCUGCUCUCAACAAGCUGCACCCGCGGGCGGCCGGGGGCCGCUCCAUGACCGAGCUCACCGUAGGGGACCACGAGAGAGCCAUCGACUUCAGCCCCUACCUGGACCCGCUGGCAUCGCAGCCGCCGGCGCAGCCGCCGCCUCCCGCAGCAGCAGCAGCAGCAGGGGGCAACUUUGAGCCUCCCUGCGGCAGCGGCGGCGGCCAAGAUUUCCUUUCCGAUCUCUUCGCCGAGGACUAUAAAGGCAGCGGCGGGAGCAAGAAGCCCGACUACACCUACAUCAGCCUCGCCCGGCACGGCCACCCCUGCGCCAGCCAGAGCCACAAGCCGGGGGGGCUGCCGGGCUGCUUCCCGCCCCAGAUCGUGGAGACCAAAGUGGAGCCGGUCUUCGAGACCCUGGACUCUUGCAAAGGGCCCCGUAAGGAAGAGGGGGGAGCCGGGCCGGGACCGGGGGGCAUGUCCUCGCCCUACGGCAGCACCGUGCGCUCCUACCUGGGUUACCAGUCGGUGCCGAGCGGCAGCAGCGGGAACCUGUCCACCUCGUCCUCCUCCAGCCCCCCCGGCACCCCCAACCCCUCCGAGCCCUCCAAGUCGGCCGCCGCCGGCGGGGGCUACUCCGCCCCCGCGGCGGGCAAGAACAAGCCCAAGAAGUGCGUGGACAAGCACAGCGACGAGUACAAGCUCCGCCGGGAGAGGAACAACAUCGCGGUGCGCAAGAGCCGCGACAAAGCCAAGAUGCGCAACCUGGAGACGCAGCACAAAGUGUUGGAACUGACGGCCGAGAACGAGCGGCUGCAGAAGAAGGUGGAGCAGCUCUCCCGGGAGCUGAGCACCCUCAGGAACUUGUUCAAACAGCUGCCCGAGCCCCUGCUCGCCUCCUCGCCUCGCUGCUGACCCCCGGCCGGCUCUGCGCCCCCCGGGCCGGGGCGCGGCGGGAGCCCGGGCCGCCGCUCGCUCGGGCGCUUCUGGUUCGCUAUUGGUUUGGUUGGUUUUUUGUGGUUUUGUGUUUUGUUGGUUUUUUUUUUUUUUUUUUUGUGGUUUGUUUUGUUUUGUUUUCGGUCUUUAUUUACAUGCCGGCGGAGGUCCCGCGGGGCCGCCGGGGCCGGGGGCUGCCCGCCGUGGGGCGCGGUGGGGCGCGGUGGGGCGCCGGCCCCGGGCGGGCUCCGCAGGCUGCUGGGCGCUGGGGUUAUUUAAAAGAACGAGAGGAGAGCGAGGGCAAAGUGAUGCAAUCUUUUAAGCAUGGCUGGGAAUGCUGUGUACAUGAUGCAAUCUCGUGUAACUGUCAGUCAUGAAUUGAGUAAUCUGUUAAAGAUGUUCUACAGGUUUUUUUAUUAUAAAUAUUAUUCUAUUUCUAUAUGAAAAUACAUAUGUAUAUUUUGGGAUCCAGGCAUUCUUGCUACAUUUGAAGCAUCAAUGAACAAUUUUAAUAAACUUUAGGUUAAAAAAAGUAGCUUGUUUUAUUUGGAAGGCACGUUUAAAGGUAGAUUAAACGCAGGGUUGAAACUGCAGCUGAAUCUGGCUCAGUGAUGUGAUCAGGCGUCAGGAUUUUUGUUGGGUCUUUUGACUUUCCCUGUGAUUCAGAGAAAGGAAAAAAAAAAAAACCAAAAUCCCAAGAGAAACCCAGCAAAGAGCAGAGCUGGAAGCUUUAGCCGGUUCUUAUUGCCUCAUUUUAUGUCGUCUAUCUGCUCACUUUAGCUGCUGUUUGGGGGGGAGGUGUUUGUGUUGGGGGGGGGGGGGUUUCUUGCACUUCUCGCUGGCCUGGAUGGGUAGAGCGAGAUGUGCCGUCCGAACCAGGGCCAAUCUGUGGCAAAGUAACACCAAGUCCAAAGUGGGAGGGAGGAAGAAAAAGUAAGGGAGGAAGCUUGGAAGUUUGGGGUUUUUAUAUACAGAGUUUCUAUUCUCUAAGUUAUGAUUCAGCAUUUCUUAUGUUUGUAGUUUACAGGAAUAAACAUGAGAAAGUA